UUUGUUCUAUUCGUAUAUUCCAGAAAAUUGAUCGGGACUUUGACUUGAAUGCAUGACGGCUUCUUUGUGUUCUCCAUCCGCAAUCUAAUCUAAUGAAUCCAUCCAAAAGAAUUUAUUUGUAGUGUUCAUUACACUCAACAAGAAAUUACAGCAAUCACCAUAGAAGAAGGCAAAUCAAAGUUUUGAACCUUGGUUCAAUAUCUAGAGUCCCUCCAAGCUCAACAAAUCAGAGAUAAUCAAAAUGCAUCCUGCGCAGAUCGUUUUGUAUGGAUCAACUUUAUGUGUCAUGAUAACAGUGCACUUCUCCAUGAAACUACUAGCAGAACAUGUUUUGAACUGGAAGAAACCAAAGGAGCAAAACGCCAUAGUAAUUAUAAUCCUUAUGGCCCCAUUGUACGCUGUGGACUCCUAUGUUGGUUUGAUAAAUUUCUUUGGAAGUGAAGCAUUUUUCACAUUCUUGGACUCAAUUAAAGAGUGCUAUGAGGCUCUGGUGAUUGCUAAGUUUUUGGGUUUGAUGUACAGUUUUUUGAACAUCUCCUUAAGUAAGAACAUAGUGCCGGAUGAGAUCAAGGGAAGAGAAAUUCACCAUUCAUUUCCAAUGACUCUUUUUCAGCCUCACACUACUCGUCUGGACCAUAAAACACUGAAGCUUCUAAAAAACUGGACUUGGCAAUUUGUCGUGAUACGUCCAGUGUGCUCAAUCUUGAUGAUAACUCUACAGUAUCUUGAAGUUUAUCCCACUUGGGUCAGCUGGACAAACACAGUCAUUCUAAACAUUUCAGUGUCACUGGCACUGUAUUCUCUUGUUGUUUUCUACCAUGUGUUUUCUAAAGAGCUGGAACCACAUAAGCCUCUUGCCAAGUUUUUAUGCAUAAAAGGGAUUGUCUUUUUCUGCUUCUGGCAGGAAGGUACUGAUUGUGGUAUAUUGUCCUUCAAAGAUGCUUACACUCUUCUGUCUCCUUUCAAUAAUACCUUGCCUUGGGCUGAAGUAUUAUGGAGGAGUUGCAUCCCUCCUGCAAAAUCCAUGCCGCUUUGGAACUUCAUACUUAACAGACUGCCAACAGAUGAUAUCCUGGCAAAGGCUGGCUACCACAUUGUUUCCAGAUGCAAAAUGUGUCAUAAAAAUUUGGAGACUGCUGAUCAUUUAUUUCUGUGCUGUCCUUUUGCGAUUCAGCUAUGGACCUGGCUGGAGUCUAUGCGCAGCUGCAGCAUCAACCGAUCUAAUGCCUUGUCUCUUUUGAAUAUUGUGUCGCCUUUCACUUCAGCCCAAUUAAAUGAUGUCAGAAUUGCAGCUGUUGGAUAUGUAAUUUGGAUCAUUUGGACAGCUAGAAACAAUAGUCUGUUUUCCAACCAAGCGACUUCUUUCCAAAGCCCUUGCUUGUUAGUUGUAGCUAAUGUCAAGCUUUCAGGGAAUUGUGCUUGAUCUCCUGGCAGCACUGGGAAUAAUCAGAUCCCGUUAUUCGUGGCUAACCGUGGAACGCAUUGAGGAAGGCUACCAAAACCUUUUGGUUUGUCUUGAAAUGGUUUUCUUCUCAAUAUAUCAGCAAUACGCAUACAGUGCU